AUGGACUCCUGCCGCUCCUCGAAUUCUCUAGCGUCGAGGAGCUCCCUGACGCUGGGGGAGUUAGCCUGCGCGGCGCUGUUCCCGGUGCUCGCCGUGGUCGACGCGGUCCUGCUCGCGGCCUCGCGGUGCUUCCAGAAGAGCCCGCCCAGGCUGCUGCCUGCGCUCGACAUAUGCGCGCGCCUCCGGGCCGGCAGACGUCUCACCUUCCGUGAGCUAGCCGAGCUCGCCGACGAGUCCCGCUGCUUUUCGGUGAACGAGGUGGAGGCGCUGUACGAGCUGUACAAGAAGAUCAGCUGCUCCAUCAUCGACGACGGGCUGAUCCAUAAGGAGGAGCUGCAGUUGGCAUUAUUCAAGACACCAUUUGGGAAAAAUAUUUUUCUAGAUAGAGUUUUUGAUCUUUUUGAUGAAAAGAAAAAUUCUGUUAUUGAAUUUGAUGAGUUUAUCCAUGCAAUAAGUGUCUUUCAUCCAAAUGCUCCUCUUGAAGACAAAAUUGAUUUUUCAUUCAGAUUGUAUGACUUGAGGCAAACUGGUUUCAUCGAGCGUGAAGAGACAUUUGAUGGGACACAGUUGAGCUGUCUGAUAAGUGACAACGAGGAUUAG